AUGGCGCUCUGGCUGACCUUGGUCGUGGUCCUCACCUGCUUUGGCGGCCUCGCCUCCCCGGGCCCCGUGCCCGCCUUCACGGUCGUCAGAGAGCUCAUUGAGGAGCUGGACAACAUCACCCAGAAGGCCCCACUCUGCAACGGCAGCAUGGUGUGGAGUGUCAACCUGACGGCUGCCCCGUGCUAUGCAGCCCUCGAGUCGCUGAUGAACGUCUCCGACUGCCGUGCCAUCCAGAGGACCCAGAGGCUGCUGAGAGCACUCUGCCCUCCCAAGCCCUCAGCCGGGCCGGCCUCCAGCCAGCCCGUCCGAGACACCAAGGUGGAAGUGAUCCGGUUUGCCAAAGACCUGCUCCAACAGCUAAGGAAAGCUGUUCGCCAAGGGAAGCUCCCCUGA